AUGGUUGGGAUUGAUGCAAAAAAUAAACAUACACUUGAUAGUACGUAUAUUUGUUCGGUAUGCUCAUUGAUACUGCUAGAACCUGUACAAUUGAUUAAUUGUGGCCAUCGACAGUGUCAAUCAUGUUUGGAUACUCAACAUGAAACAUCAAUUACAUGUCGACAAUGUCAGCUGAAAACAUCACGAAACGAAGUACUGCGUGAUCGAGGCUUCAAGACUGACAUGACAACAUUAUUCAUCGAGUGUUCUUUUUGUCAAUGGACCGGUGUCUUAAAUAAUUACCCAGAACAUCUUGAUGAAUCUCAUUCAAAUACGAAAUGUGAAUAUUGUGACGAAGAAUUCAAUUCAAUUCAUCAAUUCAAUGAGCAUCAAGUUUUCGUGUGUCAAAAACGGACUGUCGAUUGUAAAUUGAAAGAUUUUGGCUGCGAUGAAAAGAUUGGUCGUGAUAAAAUGCAUGAACAUUAUUUAACUGAGCAUCAUCAAAAUGUCACUACUAAUGUUAUUCGUCAGAUGUUAUCAAAAUUAAACGAUAGUGAAGUAGAUAAUAGGUUUUCUCAAGUGACAACUGUACGAGACUGUACUCGUGUCAAAGCUCAAUUGGAAGAGCUUUACGAAGUAGUCAAUAUGUUGUCAGAUGCCAUUCAAACAUUGAACAAUGAUCAACAAUAUCUAAGCACUGAAUCACUUCGAAGUCAGGUAACACUUCCAAAAUUAAUGGAGGAAUUAUCAAAAAUUAAAAUAUCCGUCGAAGAAUCCAAUACGUUUUUGGAAGGAAUGAGAUGCAAUCAAGAAGUUCUGAAUCAAGACUUCGCAUCCCUACAAGAAAAAGUCAAUGAUUUACAAUGUGUUUCAUACGAUGGAACAUCCCUAUGGAAAAUAGCAGAUGUUAAAAAGAAAAUGAUUGAUGCACAAUCUGAAAGACAAACAUCAAUUUAUUCACCUCCGUUUUAUUCAUCUCCAACUGGCUAUAAAACGAGGGCUCGUCUGUAUUUAAAUGGUGAUGGAAAUGCUCGUCGUACACAUAUGUCACUCUUUUUUGUACUUAUGCGAAGUGUAAACGAUCCGAUCUUGACUUUUCCGUUCAGUUAUAAAGUCACAUUUUGUUUAUACGAUCAAACACCUGCACAACGACACAUCAUCGAUUCAUUUCGACCCGACACUAAAUCGAGUAGUUUUCAGCGACCUCGAUCGGACAUGAAUAUAGCCAGUGGUAUUCCGAAAUUUUUUCCAUUGGAAAUGAUUCAAAAGGAAGAAAAUCCUUAUGUACGCGAUGAUACAAUGUUCAUCAAAAUCAUGGUUGAUUUUGAAGAUAUGCAGAAAACAUUGUUGCCUUACGCUUUGACUCUCAAUCCAGGUCUACCAACGCAUGUUCAACAAUCGAUGAUCAAGCAAGAAGCAGAACAACGAUAUCAACAGAAACCUCCGGAUUAG